AUGGCUGCGAAGACUGAUUCACCCGGUUCCACUUCCGGCAAGACUGCUCUUGUCUCAUUCCCUGGCGCCGACUAUACACAGGCUGCCGCUCUCCGGGCAGCACGCCAGGUGCUUUCGUCGCGAGGCUGGCAGGUGGAGCAAGGUGACGGUGCCACAGAAACGGCUCCCUCAGAUAAAGAUCUCUACCUUGUCGAUUACGACCUGCUUCCCUUUGAGGAUCUACUUCCCGGCCCUUCUUCAUCCGCCAAGGGAAAGCAGCCUCAGUGCUCAAGCUACGUUAUCAGGAAAGCGCUCAUUCGCAAGCACUACCUGGCAUCUGCGCUCAACACGUAUGCCGUCAAGCUUCCACCAGGCGCUGCCUCGAACCGUUUCCGGACAUGCACACCACAAACAUGGCAUCUCGAGAUUCAGUUCGCCGACGAACUGGAUGAGCUGCUGAUGGACGACCUGUACGACUUGGCCGAGCUGCUCGAGGCAAACGAGGCCGCGGUCCAGCAAGAGCGACUCGCUGAUGUCAAGUGGUUCAUCUUGAAGCCCGGCAUGGCUGAUCGAGGGAACGGAAUCCGCAUCUUUAGCACGCUGGAGCAGCUGCAGACGAUAUUCGAGGAGUUCGAACCCGACUCGGACGACGAAGAGGACGGUGCCAGCUGCUCAGAAGAGGAGCAGAGCGGCUAUGGGGGCAAGGACACUUCGGUCAUGGCAAGCCAACUGCGACACUUUGUGAUCCAAGAAUAUCUAGCAUCACCGCUCCUGAUAAAUCCUGUCAGCUCCCAACAAGGUCAAAACGCUCUUGCUGCGUCCUUGUCGCAGAAACUUCGCGUAGACAGCGAUGCGACGGGAUCGAGCGCCAGAAAGUUUCAUCUUCGCGCCUAUGUUCUCUGCGUGGCUGGGCUCGCGGUCUACUUGCACGACGACAUGCUGGCACUCUUUGCUCCGCUAGACUAUCAAGCGCCGACGAACGAUACAGUGCGCGACCUUCGUUGUCACCUGACCAACACGUGCUUGCAGGACGACGGUUCCUUGGCUGUGGGCAACGAUGCUCGGCCCAAGGAAGAGAACGUCUUUUUGUGGUCUGAUCUUGCAGGCUCCACGAUCAAGCGAGUGGACGCAGAGCAGCCAUGUGAUGAUGAGACACUUUCAGCAGAGACCAUCCAAGAUGUGCGACGCAAAGCCUCCGGUGUAAUUGGUGCUGCUUUCGAAGCAGCGGCAAAGGCAGGGAGCAUCCACUGGCAGAUGUGGCCCAACGCAUUCGAGGUUUUCGGCGUCGACCUCUUGGUCGGUCACGAUUCAGGGCAAAGUGCCGACAAAGGCGAAGAGCUCAAUGUUUGGCUUCUGGAGGUCAACGCGCAACCUGACUUCGCGCAGACUGGUGUGCGACUCAACGCCGUCAUCGACCAUCUUUUCGAAAGGGUCUGCGAGAUCGCCGUGCUGCCGUACCAUUCUCAAGAAGAGCAUCAGCGAGAGCUGGACGAGUGGAAGGUGGGCGAGUCGCGGCAUGGAACCACUCUCUGCUUCAAGGAGGAUCUCGGACGAGGCUUCUGA